AUGAUUUGGGGCAUAAAAGACCAGAUAAGGCAACCUGGCAGGAAGGCGAUUGAAAUGGGCCCAAAGCUGAUCACGGUUCCUGCGCCUCCGGAUGCUCGGCCUCCUUCAGCCGCCGCAAAACCUCGUUGUGAACCUCCACCUUCUUCCGCUGCUGCCGGCUCUUCCCUCCCGAAGUCUCCACCACCGCUAGAGCUUCUUGCCGAUUUCCAACGCGUCCUUGGAGGCCUUCGAAAUCCCGAUGUCGGGCCCGAAAUUGCUAUCCCGGCAGUGAGAUUUAUCAGGGAGAACGACGAUUUGAGGGUAAAAUGCUGA